AUGGCCACUGUGCUCACCUCCUUGCUCUGCCUGGGGCUGAGUCUGGGCCAGAAGAUCCACGCACAGGCAGGAACUCUUCCCAAGCCCACCAUCUGGGCUGAGCCUGGCUCUAUGAGCCCCCAAGGGAGACCUGUGAUCAUCUGGUGUCAGGGGUCCCUGGAGGCUGAGGCAUACUUUCUGUAUCGAGAGGGAGCCAGAGGGCCAUGGGGCAGACAGCUCCCACUGGGGCCCAGGAGCAAGGUCAAGUUCUUCAUUCCACGAAUGACCGUGGACUAUGCAGGGCGAGCUCACUGUUACUAUCUCAGCAACUCUGGGGCGUCAGGACACAGUGACCCCCUGGACCUGGUGAUGAUAGGGGUCUAUGGCCAACCAACGCUCUCAGCCCUGCCGAGCCCCGUGGUGACCUCAGGUGGGACUGUGACCCUUCAGUGUGGCUCUUGGGUGGGGUAUGACAGGUUCGUUCUGUCUCAGGAAGGAGAACAUGAACAGUCCUGGCUCCUGGACCCACAGCGGCGCUCCGAUGGGCUUUUCCAGGCUGAGUUCAGGUUUGACACCGUGGUCCCCAACCAGAGGUGGACAUUCAGAUGCCAUGGCUUGUACAGGAACUACUCCCAUGUCUGGUCCACACCGAGUGACUCGCUGGAUCUGCUGGUCUCAGGAUUGUAUAGGAAGCCGGAGCUUCUCCAGAGCCUGCCGAAUCACCUCUUGGUCUCGGGAGAGCACCGGACCCUCCGGUGUCUCUCUGAUGUCAGAUAUGAAAGAUUCGCUCUCUUCAAGGAGGGGGGACUUGACUUUCAACAACAGCUGGCUGUCCCCCACGGCUGGCAACCCUUGAUUGGGAUCUCUCAGGCCCACUUCCACCUGGGCAAUGUGACCCACAGCCAUGGGGGAAAGUACAGGUGCUACGGUGGAUACACCCACUCCCAUGAGUGGUCAGCUCCCAGUGAGCCCCUGGAAGUCCUGGUCACAGGAGAGCUCCCUUAUGCGCCUUCCCUCUCGGUGUGGCCAGGCCCUGCAGUGGUCUCAGGAGGAAAAGUGACCCUGCAGUGUGCAUCGUCGAACCAAGCAGACGCCUUCUUACUCUUCAAGGAGGGGGGAGAGAAGCGCCUCCUGCACCUGAUGGCCCGGCCGCAAGGCAAACAGAAACAGGCCAACUUCACCAUGAACCCUGUCACCUCAGCCCACGCAGGGACCUACAGAUGUUACGGUUCACUCAGCACGUCUCCCUACAUCUUGUCAUGGCCUAGUGGCCCUCUAGAGCUCAGGGUCUCAGGACCUCCUGUUCAAAACGGUCCAUCAUUGAAGAUGCCAGAGCCCAAGAGUGGUCCGCCUCUGCCAGAUUACAUCCUGGUGACUCUCAUUCACACGAGCCUGUCGGGCUUGCUGCUGUUGGUCACAGGGGCGCUGGUAUGUUUAGCAUGGCACAGCCAGAGAAGAAACCAAGGGGCCAAGUGA